AGCUUGAAGAUAUAGAAGAAGUGUUUUCUAAGAAAACAGAUAAUUCUGUUAGUAAAAAUUUGUUAAAUUUAGAAAUUAGAAAUUUUAUAUCUUUAUCUUUCAAACUAGAGUCCAAUGAAUCAUCAAGUUUAAUUGAAGAAAUUGAACAUGAAGAUAGAAAUUUUGAUUUGAAUAAUUUGAUUAUUGAUGAUUCAGACUGA